AACUUUAUGCGUAAGGCAUUCCUUGUUCCCAGUGUGUGCACCACACAGAAAGAUUUGGGAACCACUGAAACAGUGUGCACCUCACGUGCGAUCGUAAUAGUAGUGGUAAAGCUCGGAGAGGGGAGGGUGAGAGCGAGAGGAAGAGAGAGAGAGAAAGAUGGGGGGGGGAAGGCGAGAGCAGGUAGAAGCGUACUAUUGUCGUGUGCGUAUCCAGGGAAGUUCGUCGUAAACAGUUGGAAUUCGGAAACUGUGAGAAUGAAAGUUCGGAGUCGCGAGUGGCAGGAUCCGGAUGUUAAGGGAAUUUUAAAAAAACACUAUAAAACGAACGGAAGGCAAGAUUGGCACCGGAAACCCGCGUCCUCCUAACGAUCUUCAUCACACCUGUGUCGGACGACUAGCCAUUGAUCGCUCCAUCAGGUACCUUGCUCUCCACUCGCUUCAAUUCUCGAUGUUAGAGGGGCUAACCAUCCAAAGAUCCCAAAAGGGCGACCCUAACGGCCACAGUUAGGGACAGUUUGGGAUUCCAACGGUGGGGAGGACAUCGUGCGUAGCAAGGGAAGUCCCCUCUCCCUCCCUCCGUCCCCCUCUCUCUCUCUCUCUCUUUCUCUCUCUCUCUUCCCCUUCCCCACUCUUGGGGCCCGAUGGAGUUACCUCGUCGAGUUUGUCAGUUGCUUUGCCGAACGCAAGAAGGCACCACGCGUGGAAUUCAACGGCAUCGUUGGGUGUGGCGAGUGCUGGAUUGUUUUCGCGAGUGCACGCGAACUUUGCCGAAAAGUGCGCUUUUCUUUCGCUCCGCCCCCGCCCCUCUCUCGGAUAGGACGAGAGGAAAAGUGGCGGAAUCGCGACAUGUAAAUUCCACCGUUCGAGUGACAUUGUUCCCAGGAACUUUGGACUUGAAUUUUCGAGAGUUCCGUGAGAGACAUUCGCACUUUCUCUUCUUUCGUGUUUGCUGAAGUAUUUGAAUUAUCUAAGUAAGACAUAGAACUGGGCUAAUAUAAGAGCCAAGAAAAUACAGUGACGAGUUGACUUUGCGGUUCUUUGACGUGUUCUUGAUGUGACGUGAAAGAAGUAUCUCUUCGAGGCUGAAAGAAUGACGGUAUCCGAAGAGAUGGCAACGGAACUGGCGAACAAGAAAGCAGAGCGAGAGGCUCUCAGGGGGGUCAUACAACAGUGGAAUGCCAAUCGUUUGGACCUGUUCGAACUUUCGGAACCCAAUGAGGAUUUGGAGUUUCAUGGCGUAAUGAGAUUCUACUUUCAAGACAGCGGCCAGAAGGUCGCUACCAAGUGCAUCAGGGUUGCCUCGGAUGCGACAAGCCAGGCAGUGAUAGAAACGCUCAUAGAAAAGUUUCGUCCUGAUAUGAGAAUGUUGUCCGUCCCAGAAUACGCUCUUUACGAGAUUCACGAGAAUGGAGAAGAACGCAAACUUGGACUGGAAGAAAAACCGUUGCUGGUGCAACUAAAUUGGCACAUAGAUGAUCGCGAGGGACGCUUCUUGCUGAAAAGAAUUGACGACAAGACUAAUGCGCAGGGCGUCGGUUUUACUUCAGCCGAGGGUUCUAGCUUUCGCAGGAAGCUGAGCAAGCGGGAGAAAAAGCAGAUCAAGAAGCAGGAGAAGCUCAGUCGGCUGAAGAGCUUGGAGCAAGACGAAAACGCUGUGCCUGGCGAUCAGAACGGCGUCGCCGAAAAGCUCUAUACGGAACUGCCCGAGACCAGUUUCACAAGGAGCAUUUCGAAUCCGGAAGCGGUGAUGAGGCGUCGUCGUCAGCAAAAGCUUGAGAGGAAGCUUCAGCAGUUUCGCAGCAAAGACGGCGGACCCGACACUGGCGGUACAUUGAAAAUUUAUGGCGAAGCGUUGUGCAAGGACGUGCCAUACAAAACAUUGCUGUUAAGCGUGCGGGACUCGGCCGCCCAGGUCGUGCGAGAAAUGUUGGCUAAAUAUGGCUUAGAAAAAGUGGAUCCGCAGUUGUAUUGCCUUGUGCAGGUAAAUAGUGAGAACGUGAGUGGCAACGCGCAUCAGGAGUACAUAUUGGACGACGACGAGUGUCCUCUGGCGAUAUUAAUGAAUCAUCCUUCAACGCGAGGUUCCAUUAUGUUCCACGUGAGGAGGAGGCCCGCUGAUUACAUGCCUCGAAAACGUAAAAAGAAACCCGCCGGAAAGUGGAACGAGUUGGAUCACAGGUACGAGGACGAGAGAUUGCCGUUCCUGCUGGAGCUUAAUCCCGAUGGCAGCGAUAUCCCGAACGGUGCCGGGGCGCGACACCGGUUGCAGCCAAAUGUCACGGAGGUGGGCUCGGAGAGGCCAAUUGGACCUCAAGCGGUCCAGGCGCAGACGUUGACUCUGCCAGGACCGACGGUGAUGCCCAGGCAUUGCGUGAUAGCCUUCACCGAGAACAUCGUCACCCUCACACCGUGCUCCAGAGACGCGCAUACCUAUGUCAAUAAUCAAAGGAUACACCAGACCACUAUCUUGCAGAAUGGAGCUGUUAUCAAAUUCGGCAGAAUGCAUACUUUUCGAUUCAUCGACCCGGCGCCGGAAGAGCGCAUUAGGCAGAGACAUGACUCUAACAAGCAAAUUGACUAUGCUUAUGAUCGACGCUCGCCGGACGCAAGCAGUCAGGACAUCAGCUCGGAAAAAUUUCACCCGGGAUCCGGGACGUUGAACGGCCAGACCGCGAACCAGGUCCAAGAGAGCGCGACCUCGUCGAGCCCGUCCAAGUCCGCCGUCGCAGCUCAUAGUCCUCGUAGUCCCACGCACCCGCCAGAGCCCACGCACAAUUACGAGACCACGUUCGAUUUAGACGGAAACGUGGAGACGGCCAGUCUGAGCAGCAGCAGAGAUGGCAACAGGCUUUCACAGUACGAUCGGCAGCCGCGAGGCACGGAUCCAAUCCUGCCGGCUGUUUUGGAAUUUCUCGAAGAGACAGAGGAGACAUUCCUUCACGCGGUCAUCACCGACGUGGAGCCCUCAGCGCCGCAGUUCAAGCUGGCACCAACUUAUACACUCUACCUGAGCGCGAGAUAUCGCGCCAGCACGCACUAUAGACCUGAACUACAACCUACCGAAAGGGCACAUCGACUCACCGUCAUGCUAGCAAAUGUUGCUACCAUGAUUCAACGUGUUAUCCAGGAACGUUACAUGGACGCCUCGUCCUUGGCCUUUUGGCUGGCAAACGGCUCGGAGCUAUUGCACAUGCUAAAGAGCGACCGACACGUGGGUGCAUUUUCCACGCGAGCCCAGGACAUCCUGGCGGACGCGGUGCACACGGCCUUCGGCUCGCUGGUGCGUUGCGUCACGCUGGAACUAACCCCGGCGAUGACGCAGUUCAUGGCGGACGCGGACGAGCCGGCGAAGGAGGCCGGGGUGCUGCAGAUCUUCUCCAAUACGAUGGCGCUGCUGCGACGAUGCCGAGUGAACGCCGCGUUGACGAUCCAAUUGUUCAGCCAUCUGUUCCACGCGAUCAACGCUACGGCCUUCAACACCCUCGUUUCCAACGGGAACUUGUGCGUCAGGUGGUUCGGACGCAGGCUCAAAGCCAGGCUGAACGCCCUGGAGACUUGGGCCGAGAGACAGGGAUUGGAACUUGCCAGUCAGUGCCACUUGGCGACGAUCAUGCAGGCGACUCACCUCUUACAGGCUCCCAAAUACAACGCCGAGGAACUGGCCACGUUGAGCUCAACUUGUUUCAAACUGAAUUCUCUGCAGGUCAGAGCAUUAUUACAAAAGUAUCAGCCUGCUGCGGACGAGCCUAGGUUACCUGCCGAAUUGAUCGAGAAUGUUGUGAGAGUGGCAGAGAGUGUCGCGGAUACACUUGCGCGUGCGGAUGGUCGUGAAAUAAGGCUGGAAGAGGAACCUAUCCUAGGAUUGGCGUUACUACUUCCCGAGGAUGGUUACAGUUGCGAGGUAAUAAGAGGCGUUCCACCAGGACUAGCCGAGUUUCUAGCACCUCUGCAACGAGACGGUUUAUGUCGCAUGGCGGCCCAACCCACCAGCAGUGGCUAUUGGACCAUUUACAUGAUAGAUCAUCACAACAAUUUGCGCAGCCCCAGUGCGAUGAGCAACAGAUCUGGCGGCUACACCAGUCACGUCAACCAAAAUCAAGCUCAACCAGAAAUACAUGUCAUUAAAUUACACAAGAGUACUAACGGUAUGGGUUUGAGCAUUGUUGCGGCAAAAGGCGCAGGACAGGACCGAUUAGGUAUCUACAUCAAAAGCGUUGUUGCUGGUGGCGCUGCUGAUGCUGACGGCAGAUUAACAGCAGGCGAUCAAUUGCUCAAGGUGGACGGUCAAAGUCUAGUCGGGAUUACACAAGAAAAGGCUGCCGAGUAUCUUGUGCGUACUGGUCCGAUAGUGACACUGGAAGUUGCUAAACAAGGUGCUAUAUAUCACGGACUUGCAACAUUGUUAUCUCAACCUUCCCCUGUGAUGACAAGAGCGCAUAAAACAACUCGGCCAAGGUCCGAGCUCUUAGAUCCAGCGAUAGGAACAACGGAGACGGCUGUCGGUGGUCAGCCAACCACGUCACACUCGAUGGGCGACUUGUUGUCCUUCCCGCAGCAGGCGGCGUAUUGUCAGGACUUUGUCCAACCAGGUGCGAUCCCGUCUCGACGCGUCGAGGCACCCAUUUACCGUAAUCAGCUCGAUCUAGGUUUCCCAAGAGUCGAUGAUUUCGCGCGGCAGGAUCCCUUCUCUGUCCUCUAUCAGAGAGGCGCGUGUCCCAUCGACGAGAGGGAAUACGUCCCACGUCCUUCCACCCCCACCGUCUCCCCCGCGCGGCUCCCGAGAACCCGCAUGCCCUGUCCUCUGAUCUCCAUCACGAGCGACAACGAGAUAUCGUCCGUUUUAUAUCAGGACGAGAGCGACGUGAGCGACGAUAAGAUCGUAGAGGAGGAAGAGAGUAACCCGGAAUUGGGCGAACUCGCGACGAGUAGCUUGAAUUAUUCAACGGACGCUUUAAGUCCAUUCGAGAGGAUCACCUCUCCGCCCCAGGAAUUCGCAGAGACUGAUUACGAGCACCCGCUGACGUUCGAUAGGAAUGUUUUUGAUGCUAUACCCUACAUCGAUCAAACUGAUGACGCUAAUCUCGCGGAGUGUAGAGUCCAGGCAGAAUCGAGUGGCAAAUGCUGCGAUAAGACCGACUGCAACUCUAAUCUUGAGGAUUUUCGGGAGAGGCGUAAAAGAGUGGAUUGCAGUAGUCGACAGACUUUAAAUGUUCCGCGAUCCAAUUUUGAGAUGAGUCUACCUUGCAAUCACGAUUUCUCGUCGACCAACACUCGCUUGUUGUCCGCUGAUAGAAUAUUAUCCAUCGAAUCCAAGUUGGAAGACCCUCCCUUGCAGCUUCAAGCGAAUAACAACGCAUGUAGUACGUUAAACAUCGACGAAUGCUGCGAGAACAAGAUGUUGGAUGAUGUUUCCAACUCGGAAGAUUGCGCGGACGAGUCGAGCUCCACACUUAAUGAUGAUUACGGGUCAAGUAGAGUCGACGGAGAUGCCGAGGAUGGGAUUUCCACUCCCAAGAUGUACACCAUAAUGCCAGAGCUGCAUCUCGAUCUGAGUGGGCUGAACAGCGAUGUGUCCAGCGACGAGUCCAAGACGGAAAAGUGCUGGAAGUCCCCGGAAGAGGUGCGUUUAGGGUGCGGCAGAGUCGCAGCGUUAGCGAAACACUUCUCGAAACUUGGCGACGCUGGCUUGAUCAAGUUCAAGUCCACCAAAUUAACUGAUUCCCGUCAGUUUGUGUCGGAGCCGAGCAUUAUAUUGUCGGAAAAGGACAGCGAACGACUUUUGCAUCGGUCUCUGCCCAUCGCGCAGAAGGAAUACAAAUCGGAUUCCAACUUGACGAGAGACUCGACAAAGAACUCUCGAAUCCGCCCAAUUGGGAAACGUGUCAUUUUGGUUGACGUUGAAGCCGACAGAAAUGAUGAUCUCGAGCUCGAGGAAUCUCGUCAUCACGGUGUCAAGCGAGUCACCAUUGCCAGGGUUCCUUUAAUGGAUAAUAAUAAAGAUCGAAUCAUGAUUGAUACCAAAGGAAGAUCAGGCUUGGCAUCUUCAGCAGAAGAUGAUCAAGUGAUCCCAAUAUGCAGCAAGAAGGAUGCGAAGAUUGAAGACGAUAAUAUGGCAACUGAUGGUGAUAAAUCUGAGAUUCUCAUUGAUAGUGAACCGGAAAAGAUGAACAGCACAGAUAGUACUUCCAGGCUCUCCUUGGAACAGCAGCAAGUGAUCUCGAAACAACUCGAGCAGUUCUCAAACCUGGAUAACACUGAUGCUCCUUUGUUUAUACCGGAGCAAAGCGUGAAGGUUCCUCUCGAUUCGUCGAAGAGUAAUCUGGGUAGUUUGAAUUUGAUGGAUCAAUCAACGGCGUCUCUAGAGAAAUUAUCAUCGCUGAUUGAUACAAAUGAUAGCAGAAGAACCAAGCAAGCUUCCGACUCCUCGUCGUCCUCUUCUCCGCCUUCCCCUUCAUCUUCCAUUGUAUUAUCGCUCUCGAAUGUUGUCGAAGAUCCUCCGUUUUCGAAAGACAUCAGAACGCAAGCUCGUCAAUCUUGCAGGAAACGUCCCAAGUCUUGCCUGCUCAUCGACAUCUGUCACUCUUCCGCUAAAAUUUCCAACUCCAAUUCUUUGGAAAGUCCGUCGAUGCUUCCGUCACGUUCAGGGAACAACAAGUUGAAUAUUCUGCGGGUGCGAGUCGCCAGAUCGCUCUGUAGCAGCGAGAAUAAUCUAAUUGGCGCUGCAAUUUGCGAGAAAGAAGACAAUCUUCACGACGGAUCCACCAAAUUGACACAUAGCUAUGAAAGCAUCCUAAGCAGCAAGUUCCCAUCUGAUUCUGCCGAUCGACUCUCUCUGAAAGACCCUAGUGAAGAUAUCGUUGCACUUCGUACUUCUUGUAACAGACCGGGUCUUAAGGAAAAGACCCGAUGGUACCGUCCACACUCUCUCGAAGAACUGAAACUGGAGAAAGGAUCAAGAAAGAAGGACAACUCGAUGAAUUCUACUUCGGCCAAAGUUGAAGCAGGAUUUGGCAGAGAAGACAACCUUCGCGGUAGGUCCACCAAGUUGACACAUAGCUAUGAAAACAUCCUAAGCAGCAAGUUUCCAUCUGAUUCUGCCGAUCUACUCUCUAAAGACCCUAGUGAAGAUAUCGAUGCACUUCGUACCUCUUGUAACAGACCGAGUCCCAAGGAAAAGACUCGAUGGUACCGUCCACGCUCUCUCGAAGAGCUGAAACUGGAGAAAAGAUCAAGAAAGGAGGACAACUCGAUGAAUUCUACUUCGGCCAAAGUUGAAGCAGGAUUUGGCAGAGAAGACAACUUUCGCGGUAGGUCCACCAAGUUGACACACAGCUAUGAAAGCAUCCUAAGCAGCAAGUUCCCAUCUGAUUCUGCCGAUCUACUCUCUAAAGACCCUAGUGAAGAUAUCGAUGCACUUCGUACCUCUUGUAACAGAUCGAGUCCCAAGGAAAAAACCCGAUGGUACCGUCCACGCUCUCUCGAAGAGCUGAAACCCAAGAGGGGAUCGAGAAAGAAGGACAACUCGACGAGUUGCACUAAAGUUCAAGCAAGACUUGGCAGAUUCUUCGGCGAUAAAUCAGACUCCAAGAACGGAGGGGAAACGCGAGAGAAUCGUCAUUUGUCCCUUGAAGAAUUGAGCUCGAGGAGGGAAUCUCGCAACAAUCGCAGGCACUCGAGCGAGAUGGCCGAGGUACAGAGGUCCGACUGGACGCUAAGGAAGAGAUUUCGCGCGAAGCUUCGCACGAGCUGCGAUCAGCCGAGAGAAAGCGCGUACCAAUUGUCGCGAGGGAACGAGAAACGUCAAGGGGUCGGAGAACGGGAGUGUCGGAGCGAGUUGGACGUUUCGCGAAGUCCAAAGUCCAAAGAUUCGGGGAGGAACGGUUGGAGCUUUCGCGAGAUCAGCUCGAUGCGUCCACGUCGCAUGAGCGAGCGGGAUCUACCGUCCCGGCUUGGACACGACGCUACUCCUCAGCAAAUCCACAGCAGCAAGUCCGUACCAGCAUUGCAUAAUAUGGGCAACGAGGUCAAGCAACAGCACGAGGUGUUCAACCCAGGAUACAGCAGAGCCUCCUCGAGCAACAGCGUUACGCCACCUGUUCAACCACCUUCCAUGGCGACCAUCACCAGCGCAACUUCUUUGCGAUCCAGGUCGAGUCAUAACUUGCACGAUCCCAUGAGGAUCGGGACUUUACCGCCUAGUGGAUUGGUCAGCAGGCAGCAGUCGUCGCCCAAUUUAAAUCCGACGCAUACGAAUGUACCAUCGAAUAUGCAAAAUGCAGAAGCGGAGAGAUUUUACCAGAAUCUGAGCAUUUAUCGAAAUCAAGACUCGACGAUGAAACAACAAAUUAGUCCACAACAGUUGGAGGACAGAAACCCUCAGCCAAUUCAAAAGAGUUCCCUGAGAGGCUCGCAAAACUCGUUGAACCGACCAUCUGGCACUCUGGAAACCAGUGGCACCCACCUCCGGGAGCGUCCGACGUCCGCGUACGUCCCCCAAUCUCAAGGUCAGCAGCAGCAGCAGCAGCAAGGCUACUCGGUGAUCGGUAACCAGCAGAUGCAGCAGCAGACCGGGGGUCCGCCUCCACCGCGUUCCCAGUCCUCGCGCGACAUAAUUCGUCAGGAGGCCAAGAUGCAGGAGAUGCAAGAGGAAGUUCGUCGGCGCGAGCUACGAGGCGGUGGCGCGCCGAUAUUGAAUCAACACAGACCUCCAGCGGCGAUGUACAACACAAUGGGUACUCGAGUGGCCGCGCCUCCAGCUCAGCAGGCUUCGAAUAAUACCCUGAUGAAUGUUCGCUCGCCAAGAACGCCGCUGGGCUCCACGUCAAGUCUGGGCGCGAAUCCCGGCUACGUCGCGAGGCAAAACGCGCCCGGUUACAAUUACUCGGACACCCAGUAUACUCAGUACAAUAGCGCGCAGUACGGCCAGUACAAUCAGUACCCGAACCGAAACCCAAUCUCUGCUGCUGGUCAGUACGGUCCGAUGAUGCCCAAGCCGAAGAAUGAGGCGCCAAUCGUUCGGGGUCACCAUCCGAUGCCCGGUGAGAACCUGCUCGGCGCUCGAGACUCGAACAACCAGGAGGCGAGGUCGUACGCCGAGCAGAACCGACAUUUUAUCGGUUCGCAGAACAGCUCGAUUUAUCCAAAUGGUAACUUGGAGCAGCGCGUUGAUCAGUACACGAGUGACGGGGUCGUUGGUCGACCGCAAAACGGGGAGGGUCAUUCUAUGACAACCUCGGAAACUCUGCCGACCAGGCCGGCUCUGCCAUCUGAUAACACGUUUAACGAGAGCCCGCCACCACCGCCACCGAGCACCUCGACGCAUCCUCUGUACAAGCAAGCUGACACGAGGUACACCGCAAGCAUGCAAGAUCCACCACGGGGUAGUUACUAUCCUGCGGGAGGAAUCAACGCUAUGCAGCAACCGCGUCAAUAUCAGUACAGCGCGACCAACCCUUGGCAACGGGAAGAAAGGGAAAAAGAACAAGCUCGUAGAAGAGAAGCUGCCCGACAAUGGCGGGAUCAGCAGAUCGCCGAGUUAAGCGCGCUGACGCAUCGAACGCAGCAGCAGGAAGAGCAGCUACGGGCGCUCCAACUGGAAAGAGAUUUCCAGAAACGAGCAGAGGAGGUCGCGAAUCAAGAUGACGAUGAAGAAAGUAACGAUCUGGAUAAUGAGAGUGCGCAACGCGUUCAAGGCUUAUUAAGGAUGGCGGCCAGUCAGGAGAGAACUGCCCAGGGGACCCAGCAGCUUCCAAUCCUAUCGAGAACAAACACAGGCAAUCAGUCUAUAAGAGGUGGUCUGCCUCUUCAGCCCAUCGGUAGCCAAUCGGUCGCCAGCAGCCACUCUCAUAUUCUGCCCAAUCAAGCGGCGCCUCAAAACGUCGGGAUGAAUAGCCUCGGUCAAGAGAACAGCAGCUUGCACAUCCAACCGAGUCAGCAGCAACCGGCGAGUCAGAGCGAGGAGCACGCGUCGCCCAAUUACAGCACGUCUCUUUCCAGCCAUUUCGGUUCCAGUCAGAAGCCGUAUCCCAUGUCGCAUUCCACGGAAGAAAGGGAAUUACAACGAAGAAUAGAUGAGGUGAAACGGAAGCAGGCUGAAUUCGAGGAGAGUCAGAAGAAGCAGGAGGAGCUGCACUCGCCCCAGCAGCAAACAUAUCAGCAGAGCCAGCAUCCAAGAAGCCAGCUGCACCCGAGCAUGCUACGUUUGGACAAUCUGAUUAUCAAUGGACCCAACGUUUCUAUGCCCUCGCAAAAUAGCGUAAACGACGCACCUCCACCGCCAGAACGAGGCUCCAGUUAUGCCGUUAUGUCUCAGCAAAGCGCUCUCAGAUCAAACGGCUCGACAGCAUCCAAUCUACCUCCCACUUCUCAACAGCCAGCAUCAAUGAAAAGGGUUUCUUUUCAUGAUUCGAAUGCAAAUAGCGAGUCUAUGCUGCGCAGUAUGUCGUCCGGGACAUCAAAUCCACCAUCGAUGUCAAUGGACAUUAUUAGAGAAGAUCCUAACAAUUUUAUCAACGACGCGGAGAAUCUACUGGCAUCUCCCAAGACGCCGGAAGGAUCCGGAACUUCAUUUACUGGCGCUACUCCUGGAGUGAUUGGAGCUCAAGAGGUGUAUAAAGAUCCGAGACAAAAACGACUGGCGGAGAAGCAAAAGCAGCAGCAACAGAAUUCGCAAAUUGGCGCGGUGCCGGAGAAGCUUAGCUUCAAGGAGAAGAUGAAGAUGUUCGCGAUGGAAACCGGCGAGGAUGGGACGCCCCGUGACAAGGUGAAGAUCUCGCGGGCACAACGCGAGAUCGACAACAUCAGCAGCCCACUCAAUUCCAGCAACAACAACAAUAACAACAAUAAUAAUAAUAACAAUACCACCAGCGGCAAUAAUAACACCAAUAACAAUAGGACCUAAUGAAGUAAAAUUGCAUUCUCUUAUCUUCGAGCCGUAGCAAGCAGAUGUAUAGGGUGGUGUUUUCAACAUUCAAAGUAUCUAGAAUACCCCUUGGAGGAAAGAGCGAUGAAUUUCGUGAAUAAAAGAGGAAGUAAAUUUACACGAUCCGAUGAAACAUCGGUAGGCUGCGCUGAUCUUCUACAAAGUACAACGCUUCAAUUAAUCGCAAAAAUGAUGGAAUUAUUUGACUGGAAGAAUUCUUAGCAGAAAAGAAACAAAAAUCUAUAUUCACAUUUUAUCUAUCUACAUUAAAAUAAUCUGCCUUAUGCUCGUUUCCUCCGAAUAGUCUUAGAUACUUUAUCCUGUAUUUUUUGCCGGAUAAAAAGGAAGAGAAGAGACAUAGAAACGGACAUACAGGGUGAGGAAAAAGUAUGGAAACUCCUAAAUUUUUCGAAAACUAUACAU